CGCCCUGAACACACACAUGAUGAUUCAUACAGGACAAAAAGGGUGGGUUGGAGUUCCUACUGGAGGUGGGUUGGAGUUCCUACUGGACAUUUGCCUCAAAUGUCCUCGGUCCCACUGUGAAGAGGGUUUGCGGGGAGAGAUCUCUGUAUGAGGACGUUUCAGUGAAAACGAACCCUAGCUAAAAACUCCACAAAGCAAAUAUGGAAAAGUCAAAAAAUGGCAAAUUGUACUGGCCGGAUGUCUCCCAGGAUAAAAAGGUCCCCAAAUCACGCCUAGGCACCAGGGUGUGUGAGGAAAGUAAUGGUGCAACUUCUCUUAGUGCUGCAGGGAAUGACCUCCCCUGCGAGAGCACUCAACUGGAUAACCCAUCAGAUCAGCAUAGCUCUGAUCCUGGACUCCAGCAGCAACAGCCUCAAAGGCCAAAAAGAAAGCUACGAAAAUACGCCACUGUUACUUGGACCAUUGAAGAGAAGAAAACAAUCUUCUACUGCUUCGCUUACUCAAGACAUGAGAAGUGGGGCAGGAGAAAAAAGGCAGUAUUUGAGGAGAAGAUAAAAGAAGCGGAUUUACCAGUGGAAAAGAAAGAAGCCACCACAACUGCAAAAUUACAAUCGAUUGCCUCUCAAGUUACAAAAUAUUUGACAGCAGAGGACAUAGAAAAAAUAAAGGAAGAAGCCCACAAUGAAGUAAUAAAGGAUCAUCAGUCGAUGGAGGAGGGGAAACGGCUUGAGUUUGAGGGGAGUCAGUGGAAGAGGGAGGAAGAGUGGGUAUUGUUGUGGGCAAUCGAAUAUGCGAAAAUAAAAUACACCAACCAGAGAGAACGAAGUAAAGAGUGGCAAAGAAUAUUUUACCAUCAUUGCCCAAGUAAAAAAGAUAUACCAAGGGGCCGACUUACCACCCAGAAACACAACUUUAUUGUACAAAAACAUGAGGCUGAGCAAAUGGUCAAGGAAGGCAUCUGCCCCCUUACACAACCCAUUGCACCACCAAAAAGAACAUCAGAUCAAGCCAGCCUCACACACCAAAGGAGAAGUCGGAAUCAGGCAUCAACACAACAAGAUGGAAAUCAAACACCACCUCCACAAAAAAGACACCAAGCAUUGUCUCACCAAAAAACAAGCCAUACACCAACUUGUCCAGAAAACAAUGUACAGAUUCAUUUGGACCUAGAGCAACUAGAGCUGGAAGAAGAAUUGGCAAAUAAAAUUGAGGAAGCGAGGAGAACUGAAGUGGAUGAGCGCCCUAAAUUGAUAAAAUUAAAGGAGAAUAAAAAGUUCAAAAGUAUGCUGCAGAAAGUCAACCUGGGAUUGACUAAACUGGUCCCACAAGGAACCACAUUAUCAGAAAUAAAUUGUGUAAAUUAUGGAGCGGCAUGGUACAUACAAAGUAAAUUAGUUCCCCAUUAUUCGGACAGAACAAUCAAAAUCAGGAAAAGGAAUAGCGUGCCGCGGUGGAAAAAGACAUUACAACAGAAAAUUAGUCGCCUUAGAGCAGAGAUCUCCCAGAUGUCGAUAUUUCUGGGAGGCCAAAGUCAAAAAAGGAACCUUCUUCGAAAAAUCUAUCGCAUUAAAAGAAAAUACAAUAUUGAAGAUAAACAACUGGCUGCGAGGCUGGCUGAGCACCAAGCCAUAGUGAAAGCAUUAGCCGCUCAAAUUAGAAACAAAGAUAAGAAAAUAAAGGCCAAACAGAUAAACAAGCAGUUUGCAAACAACCCUAGACUAGUCUAUAGAAAUAUGGUAAAUGAUACAGUAGAAGUACAACAGCCACCUGAGAGAGAAGAAGUUGAGAGGUUCUGGAGACCACUGUUUGAAGACUCUAAACAGCACCAAGAGGCUGAGUGGAUUGAAAUAAUAAAACGGAAAAACAAAGAUAAACAGCAAAUGCCAGCAAUGAUCAUAACUGAAGAAUUGAUAAGAAAUAAAAUUCAUGAAUAUAGUAACUUUAAGGCACCUGGCAUUGAUAAAGUUCCAAAUUUUUGGUUAAAAAGGCUGACAGCACUGCACCACCAUUAUGCCGCGGCUUUCACAAAAAUAUUGAACGGAAAAGAGGACACACCAGACUGGCUAUCGACUGGGAACACAACCCUACUCCCAAAGACCAAGGAAACGCAGCUCCCCAACAAGUAUAGACCCAUCUGUUGCUUAACAACAACGUAUAAAUGGCUGACAGGAAUUAUAGCCGAUGCCGUUUAUGAACAUUUGGACACUGGUGGCUACCUGGAGAAUGAGCAGAAAGGUUGUCUCAGAAAAAGAUUAGGCGCUAAAGACCAGUUAUUGAUAGACAAUGCUAUCCUGGAGGACUGCAAAAGAAGGAGGAGAAACCUCAGCAUGGCUUGGAUUGACUAUAAAAAUGCAUUUGAUAAAAUCCCACAUUCAUGGAUUAUGAGAUGCCUAGAACUUUAUAACAUCAAUAAGGAAGUAAGAUCUCUCUUGAAAACACAAAUGAAUAAGUGGAACACCACCAUCACUCUAAACCAUGCAGAGGGGCAGAUAAUAAUCCCACACAUAAAAGUGACGCGAGGGAUAUUCCAGGGAGAUAGUCUCUCUCCACUCCUUUUUUGUCUUAGUAUUGAUCCAUUAAGCAAGAUCCUCAAGGAAUUGGACAUUGGGUAUGACUUAGAUGGAGGUAGAGGAAGAAAACAAACAGGUGGUGAGUCACCUUCUGUUUAUGGACGACUUGAAAAUAUUUGCAGAUUCAGAGAGGGGACUCAGGAGAUUAGUGGAGGCAGUCCAUACUUUUUCUAAGGAAAUCGGUAUGGAAUUUGGGCUAGAUAAGUGCUCUAAAUGUACAAUCAGAGGUGGUAAAAAGCAGGUCACAGAAAAUAUACAGCUGGAUGAGGGGAACGUUAUUGAAGAUUUGGCUGAGGAUUCCACGUACAAAUAUCUGGGAAUUGAAGAAAAUACUACAAUAGAGCAUAAAAAAAUGAGAGAGAAAGUAACACAAGAAUACUUAAACCGCUUA